AUAAAUACAUAAAUAUUUAGGUAGUGCAAUAUUUUUGCCUGCACCAUGAUGUGCAGGCAAAAUCAAAGUGGCCUUGUACUAGGGCCCCAGCCAGUAUCUCCUGAACUUUCCUAUCAAUUAGAUGGACUAUACUAGCCAGAAAUUAUAUUUUGGAAAAAUGAAUGUCACAUUUUGCUUGGCUGUGAUCUCAGAUUCACCCACCUCCACCUUGAAUCCAGGUGUCUUCCGAAAUGUUGGGGUUGAUCCAAAAAGUAUAGUUUAAGUUUUACCUAAAUGGAGGGACAGCUUGUUCUCAGAUAGCCAUGUACUGACCUUCUGAAGUUCUGCACUCAGUGACCUCUCCACCACAGGUAGUUUUUAUCCUACGUAUGGUUUCGGGGCUAGGUAUGACUCAGAGUGGUACAAGUUCAACAUGUGGUUUAUUCAGAGACACAGGGUAAACGGAUGAGCCCUCUGGAUCUGGUUCAUGAAGCAUCCGCCAUCAACCAAGCUAAAGGCAAAGCCGGGCUUAUUUCGCUUAGUCUCGCUAGUUUAAGCCUGAGUUGCGUUCCAUCAACGGAAUCUCCACUAAGUAACCAUGGCAAUUUAUCAGACCAAAUGAACCUGGUCGGUCGGUACCAGGCUAACUGGCAGGCUUACUUGAGCGGUGUUUGAGAGAAGACCCAUCUGUCGGAAACAAGUGUACCAUCAGAAGGUUCCGCCAAGCCAGUCCUCACGAUUUGGUCUUGAUUUAUAAUGGUUUUCACCUCUUUCGAUGCUGUUAUCCUCCCCUUGGAAAAAUGCGGUGAAGUGGAGCAGAGAGAUCGCCAUGUCUGUACCACUGAGUGGUGGUGACUUUACGUAUAUCAUUUGCUUUGAGAGGGGCUGUAGUUCACAAAGUGGCCUCACACAAAACCUAACAUUAUCAAACUUCUUCGCGAAAUUAUUUUGUUUUCUUUACAUGAACAAUUAUAAUUUUAAUCCACAAUCAAAAUAUGUGUAAUCCAGGGCAGAUAAAGACUGGGACCCGAAAAUAAUUACUUUCUCUCCAUCCGUAUUCCGUAUUUACCGUAGGGUGUGAAUGGGCCUUAAAGCGCAGUCACUAUCUUUGCUCAAAAAAUACUGAAUGCGCCCCUCAGUCUCCAACACAGAAUCUAAACUUUUGGAUAUCUUUUUAUUUUAUGGGAACUCCACUGGUGGAGAAAAUGCCUAGCCAGGGGAAUUAGAACGUGCUUCCUUGUGUUGGAAUAAACAAAGAUGCAACUAUGGGAAAUGCAGACUAAUUUCGAAUCAAAUGGAUUGCAAUGGCUUGCAAGCAAAAAACAUGGCUGAUUUACAUCUAUAGAUAGACAAUGUCAACAUUAACCUAAGGUAUUUUUAAACUAGCCAGAUCCUUUAAACGUGCAUUUUGUAGUUUGACCAUUAGCAGCCACUAGUGGCUUGAGUUAUAGUUCGAUUUUACUCUACUUUUUACUCUUUUUUUUUUUUAGAAAAAAUUCCUGGAUGAAGUUUUUUCGAGAAACGUUGUACUUCAGAAAUUAUGUAACGUAGUAAACGGUAGUAGGGAAGUUACAUGGUUCAGGUUUAAACAUUUUGUCUACAAGUUCAAACAACGUUCUGAAAUCGUACUAUUCUCUCAUUGAUGUAGUUACAUAUGACGUUUCAAAGAAAAUGUCAGAAGAAAAAGAAAGAAUAUUUCCUGCCAAAUAGCUGACUUUAAGCUGAAACUCAUCCGCUUGUAAUGCUCAAUGGAAAUCCCAGAACCACAGACGAGGAGCGGAAGUGUUCCAAGAUUUCAAACCGUUAAUUCUUAUUAAUUCUCUCAAACAAACCAAGUAGGUGCUGGAACGUCUACUUAUCAGUGGCAAAACAACCACAUGGACGACAGGGCUCUGUAACCCUAUUCCAGGGCUCCUCAACCACCACCACUUCCUGUCACAUGGUCCCUCUGCUCUCACAGCCAUGGUUAAGCCAGUCCUUUACCUCCUCAUCUCCAGAGCGUGGUUGAGUCUGCUCCAUCCUGUCCAUGGACCCCCCCGCGUAUGAAGAGGUGGUCCUCCAGACUCCCCCCACACCACCUCCCACCUAUGCCCUUGCGGUCCUCCCCUCCACCCCUCCACCCACCUACAGAGAAGCUGAUGCAUUUCCUGUUCUGAAUCUCCCUGUCGUGCAAACUGUCACCAUCUUGCCCGUCCAGGGACCGGCCACACAGACCCCAGUAAAUGGGACUUCACAGAAUGGGUCUGGUCCAACGGUCUUCAGGGUCCAGCCACAGCGCACAAGAGCAGUGAUGGGAGUUGACCCUGUUAGGGUUCAAUGCCCCUACUGUCAUGAAGUUGUAACUACAGAGAUCGAGCACAAGCCCGGGCUGGGUGCUUGGAGCAUGUGUUUUCUUUUCACAUUAGUAGGGUGCAUCUGCGGCUGCUGUCUGAUUCCCUUUGUCGCAAAGGAAAUGCAGGAUGUCCAUCACUCGUGUCCGCGCUGUCAACGCCACCUGCACAUACACGCUAGGUGA